UUCAGAAACGCACCAUGAAGCUCACGUGCCUCUCCCUUCUCGCAGCUGCGUUUGCGACCGUCGCUGCGUCACCCGUCUCGCUCAACGAGCUCAACGAGCUCAUUGGCGACAACCAAGUGCGCACGACUGAGCAGCUCCAAGCGAUCCUCGACGACGCCGACGUGAACCGCAAGUGCCACACGACCAACAGCAACUACCUCCCGUCGCUUGCCCCCGGGUCGUACGGCGCGAGCUCGUACCACAACUGCUUCCGCACCGACGCCCAGGUCGACGAGUACCUUGACGUGCUCGUCAAGCAGAACGCCGGUGUCGUCACCAAGUUUCAGAUCUCGACCACGUACACGGGGUUGCCGAUCUGGGCCUACAAGAUCUCGACCGGCGCGCGCCCGUCGUCGUUGUACCUCCAGGCGCUCCUCCACGCCCGCGAGUGGGUCGCCACCUCGUCGGCCGUCCACACAAUCUCGACGAUCCUCGACAACAUUGCGGCCAAGAAGCCGACGCCGGCCGACACGCACGACCUUAUCAUCGUGCCGCUCGUCAACGUCGACGGCUACCGCAUGACGUGGAACGGUGCUCGCUACCAGCGCAAGAGCGCGAACGAGGUCGACCUCAACCGCAACUGGUACACGCCGAUUCCCAACCCGAGCCCGCCGCCGCCGAGCUCGCAGAUCUACCCGGGCCCGUACUACUUUAGCGAGAAGGAGUCGAUCGGCAUCCGCGACUACCUCCUCAAGAACCGCGCGUCGAUCGACGGCUACAUUGAUCUCCACACGUACGCGGCCGAGGUCAUGGCGCCGUUCGGGGACACCAAGCAGCCGGUGGGCGGCGGCCUCGAUGAAAAGUACAAGACGAUGAACACCAAGAUCGCCAAGGCCAUGAGCAAGAACUACCAGGCGACGCUCUCGUACCAGAUGUACCUCUCGUACGGCUGCUUCCAGGACUACGCGGUCCGCGAGUUUGCCGGCAAGCCGUCGCUUACGAUUGAGAUGGACGGGACCGACUUUGUCGCGCCCGCGUCGUCUAUCUUCAAGAGCGGCAAGGAGGUCUACGAUGGCCUCUCGGUCUUUGCCGCCGAGAACGCCGAGUUCCUCGGCAAGAAGCCGACGCCGGCUCCCACCCCUGCCCCCACGGACGCCCCCGUGACGCCCAAGCCGACCCCGGCCCCCACUCCGGUCCCCACGGACGCUCCCGUGACGCCCAAGCCGACGCUGGCCCCGACGCCGACGGUUGUCCCGACGGUCGCCCCGACGCCCAAGCCUGCGUGCUAAGGAGAUAGAGAUCGCGUCGUACACGUUCGAGUGUAAAUGUUGUUGCACAAAAGAUGUUCUACACAGUGAAUCGUUAUGCAAAGACUCUGUAUUGAAUGACUAGGAUCGUUAUGUCAAAUGGUAUAAACAUAUAACUACAUGAACCAUGGUUAUGCACCUGGUUAUGCACA